AUGGACUCGCAGUGGCAGCCCUAUCAGGAUCCCUUAAUGGGCCGUCCCGCGCAGUUCAAUAAUGGGCAGCCGCUCGCUGCUAAAUAUGGGGGUCAGCCACAACAAGCACAGCAGGCUCCUGUUGGCUAUACCUAUGAGGCUUUUCAAACGCCUGCCCUGACAGCCAAGCCUCCAACCAUGACCACCAACUCGAAAUCGGUUUCUAUGGCAUCAUCCCCGGCCGCGACGCCACGUAGCCGCGAUUAUGUCACCGAUGCCGACACCACCAUGGAGGACGCGGACCCGUAUAAUCGAGCGAAAUACUCGGCGGCCAGGCAAAGUCAUCACAGUCGCCCGUCUUCCCAGUACUUUCCCCAUGAAGAGUCCUCGGCUGCUCGCAGGUACUCCCCGAUGAAUGUCCUGCCACCCGCCAUGCCGUACAAUUCGAGUCCCGGAAAGGGCCCCGGCCCCGGCCCCUACGUCCAUCCUCCCAGUGCCAACCAGACUCGACGAUCGCCGACGAGGAUGCCGAAUUACUCUUCGCCGCCUCAGUCGUAUCAGUCGCCUCCCUCGACUGGAUCGCGACCCCCUAGGCUCCCUCCUUUGCAAUCCACCGACCUGGGUCUCGACCAGUAUUACCCUCCCUCGGCAGGAUCUCAACUGGGUGCAGCGUUCGGGCAAGAUGGGAGGUCCCCCCGCCCCACGUCCAUGUCCGGCCCCAGUCAACAACCAGGCCGCGGACCGGUGCCCAAGUUCCAGAAAAUCAAAUCGGUCCAGGAGCUCCAGCCUCGUAUCAACGUGCAACCCCCCUACAGACGAGCUAAUCCAGAAGGUGGCUUCAUUAGUCCCCUUCAAGCUCUGACGAUGCAUCUGCCCGCCACCUAUCGGAUCUGCAACCCGGGCUUCAACUACGAGUCGUCGAGGAACCCGAGACGAGUACUCACGAAACCGAGCAAAGGUGUCAAGAAUGAUGGAUACGAUAACGAAGAGAGCGACUACAUCUUAUACGUGAAUGAUAUCCUGGGGAGCGAGGAAGCCGGUCACAAAAACCGCUAUCUUAUCCUUGAUGUUCUUGGUCAAGGCACUUUCGGGCAAGUUGUGAAAUGCCAGAAUUUGAAAACCCAGGAAGUGGUGGCUGUCAAGGUCAUCAAGAAUAAGACCGCCUACUUCAAUCAAAGUAUGAUGGAGGUCUCUGUGUUAGACCUACUCAACAGCAGAUACGACAAGAAUGACGACCACCACCUACUUCGUUUGAAGGACACCUUUAUCCACAGGCAGCAUCUCUGUUUGACUUUCGAACUGCUCAGUGUCAACCUUUACGAACUCAUCAAACAAAACCAAUUCCGAGGGUUAAGCACGACGCUGGUACGGGUAUUUGCUCAACAAUUGCUAAAUGCAUUGAGCCUUCUGAACAAGGCGCACUUGAUCCACUGCGACUUGAAGCCGGAGAACAUACUUCUGAAAAACCUGGAGAGUCCCAUCAUUAAAGUCAUUGAUUUCGGUUCUGCUUGUGACGAACGGCAAACGGUUUACACGUACAUUCAGUCGCGGUUCUACCGCUCCCCCGAGGUUUUGCUUGGCUUGCCUUACUCCUCUGCGAUUGAUAUGUGGUCAUUGGGCUGCAUUGUUGUCGAGCUCUUCCUCGGUCUGCCGCUGUUUCCAGGAUCUUCCGAAUACAAUCAGGUGUGUCGUAUCGUGGACAUGAUGGGCUUGCCUCCUUCCUGGAUGUUGGAAAUGGGCAAACAGUCGGGCGAAUUCUUCGAAAAAACCCACGAUGAAUUUGGAAGGAAAACGUAUAGGUUGAAGAGCCUGGAGCAGUAUUCUCGAGAACACAACACGAAAGAGCAGCCAAGCAAGAAAUAUUUCCAGGCGACAACGCUGGAAGAGAUCAUCCGAAGCUAUCCGAUGCCGCGGAAAAAUAUGAAGCAGGCGGAAAUCGAGAGAGAAAUCAAUAACCGAACUGCUUUUAUCGAUUUCGUCCGCGGUCUGUUGACUAUCAACCCGCUUGAACGGUGGUCGCCACAACAGGCCAAGCUACACCCCUUCAUCACCCAACAAAAGUUUACGGGGCCGUUUGUACCGCCGAUGAACCUGAAAUACUCGGCGCUCAGCAAACCGGUGGCUCCUGGGAUCCAGCAACAACAGCAGGCCGAAGCGACAAGUAAGCAGAGGGCGGCACAGGCGGCGCAGGCGCAGACCGCCGCGGCGCAGAAUGCGUACUCGAUGCAGAUGAACCAGUUUCAUACACCUUCUCAUGCGCAGCCGCCGCCCAUGUACAACGGCAUGUUUACUGGUCACCAGCAGGGUGCUCCCCCACCAUACCCAACUCAGCCUCCCGGUUAUGGCCACCAGAUGAACAUGAUGCCGGGUCAAAUGCCGCAGGCUCAAUACGCACCAUCGCAGAGUCUGUACGCGCAGGCAACGACGAGGGCCGGUCGCCAACGUGCUUCUACAAUGGACCCACAGGGCGGAGGAAUUCCGCCUACUAUUCAGCGCGUUGCCAGCCAUCUCGACCCCAACGCACCCAUUCGGUUGCAACCAAGUCCGGCCUAUUACCCUCCGCCUCCCGAGGGGUACGUUGACCCUAACGCUGCUAACCAGCGUCGACGAGGAAGCCGUGCCGGUGGCACCCGUAACCGGGAUUUCAUUCGGACCCUCGAGGACGGCGUGUUAGGAGGUGACGGCUACGUCGCGCCAAACCAAUGGCAUUGA